GUCUGCUCUCCGGCCAUGGCAGUCACCGACGAAGUGCCCCUCAGCCUUCCCGAGGCCCCCGCCGGCGCCUCCGGGACGUCCUCCCGGGCCCGCGCGGCCCUGGCGAGGCGGCGCGCACAGGCCACCAAAAGAAAACGCCAAGCGUCCAGUGAGGCUGCCUUAGCCAAACGGAGGAGCGCAGCAUCCUCUCUCCCAGCCAAGAAAACUGCUGCUAAAGACGCCAAGAGGAGUUUUAAGGGGAAGGCACAGAAGGUGUUUUCUCAGAAGAAGUCUUUGGCUAGCGCGAGUGAGAAAAACCAAGAGCAGAAGCCGGGCGUUAAGACUUCAUCGUUGUUUAAAAACAACCCUGAAAUUCCAGAGCUGCACAGACCUGUGGUCAAGCAGGUGCAAGAAAAGGUAUUUUCUUCAGAUGCUUUUGAUGAGCUGGACCUCCACCCACAUCUGAUUUCCACAUUAAAUACAGUCUUGAACGUAUUUAACAUGACCAGUGUCCAGAAGCAAAGCAUUCCUGCAUUGCUGGAAGGCAGAGAUGCUCUCGUGAGAUCCCAGACGGGCUCAGGUAAAACUCUUGCCUAUUGCAUCCCCGUGGUCCAGUCCCUUCAGGCAAUGAAAACAAAAAUACAGCGUGGUGAUGGCCCCUAUGCGCUGGUGCUGGUGCCAACGAGAGAGCUGGCACUGCAAAGCUUUGACACGUUCCAGAAACUGCUCAAGCCAUUUACCUGGAUUGUGCCUGGAGUGUUAAUGGGAGGAGAGAAGAGAAAAUCAGAAAAAGCCAGGCUCCGCAAAGGAAUCAAUAUCCUCAUCUCCACUCCUGGGCGUCUGGUGGAUCAUAUUAAAUCCACAAAGAACAUUCAUUUCAGUCGCAUCCGGUGGCUGGUUCUGGAUGAAGCCGACAGAAUCUUGGAUCUGGGUUUUGAAAAGACUAUCACAGUGAUACUCAAUGCGAUUAAUGCCGAGUGCCAGGAACGACAGAACGUCCUGCUGUCGGCGACUCUCACGGAAGGUGUAACGCGGCUCGCUGACAUCAGUUUACAUGACCCAGUCAGUAUUUCUGUCCUGGACGAGAGCCUUGAUGAGUCUUACUCAACGAGCGAGUCCGAUUUUGAUGACUCUGAUUCACAAAGUAGUGAUGACGAGCUGGAUGGUUUUGCAAUUCCAGAGGGUCUCGAUCAGUAUGUGGUAUUGGUUCCCAGCAAGCUGAGGCUGGUCUGCCUGGCAGCCUUCAUCCUGCAGAAGUGCAAGUUUGAAACAGAGCAGAAGGUGAUCGUCUUUUUCUCAAGUUGCGAGCUGGUGGAGUUCCACUACCACCUCUUUCUCCAGACCCUGCUGAGUGGCCCGGGGGCCCCGGCAUCAGGGCAGUUACCAUCUGGCUGGCCGCUGUUCAGUUUCCUGCGGCUGCAUGGCAGCAUGGACCAGGAGGAAAGAACAGCAGUGUUCCGUGAAUUCGCACAUUCCGGCACAGGCAUCCUUUUUUGCACGGAUGUUGCGGCUCGGGGCUUAGAUCUCCCUCAAGUCACAUGGAUUGUUCAGUACAACGCUCCAUCUUCACCCGAAGAAUACAUCCACCGGGUUGGGAGAACCGCCCGCAUCGGCUGCCGCGGGAGCAGCCUGCUCUUCCUGGUUCCUUCGGAGGCAGAAUAUGUCAGCUCGCUGGCUUCUCACAAAAUCAACGUUUCUGAGAUGAAGAUGGAUGAUAUUUUGUCUGUCCUGACAAGGGAUGAUACUUUUCAAGGGAGACGAUGCGGAAACCAGGCCGAUGGCCCCCAGGAAAUCCGAGAGCGAGCCACGGUCUUGCAGACAGUGUUUGAAGAUUACGUGCACUCCAGUGAGGAGACUGUCUCCUGGGCAAAAAGAGCCCUGCAAUCCUUCAUCCGGGCCUAUUCGACCUACCCCCGGGAGCUGAAGCACAUCUUCCACACCCGCCUGCUCCACCUGGGCCAUGUGGCUAAGAGCUUUGGGCUGAGAGACCCCCCCCAGAACCUGAGUGGCCCGGCUGUGAAGAAGAAGAAAGCGAACGCGAAGAGGGCUGACCUUCGGAAGAAGACCCAGAAGAAACACCACCUUGCCGAGAUGCUGCGUUCGGAAUUUGAGAGUGGUUUGGAGGCUGGCGGCGCCAAGGUCAAAAAGCAAAACAGAGACGCUGAGCCGGACAGCCAGCCGCAGCUCCAGCAACGUCUGAGACCCGCGCCCGGCCCGGGCAGUGGGAAGAGAAAAAAUGCCCCCAUGAAACACAAAGAAACCCAGAAAGGCUCACUGAGGGACAGGACUUCCCAGAAAGUGUUUUCAAACUUGGCCACCACGGGGUUGGGCCUGGGGUCCCGGUGGCCCCAGGUCAAUGUCCUGUUUUGUCAGAUCUCCCAGUGGGUCUUUCCCUGAAGACGGACCCGAGACUAAAGCACAGCCUUCUCUCUGGGGAGGAGCCAGCGGGGCCCGUCGGCACAGUAGCUUAGAGCUUAGCCAGUUAACCCGCCUCCUAGCUGUCCUAUGCCUUGCGUUAGCCUAGCGCGCCCACACUUAUCCUCACGCAGAUCCUGCAGCGCCCACUGCUUACUGUGAGAGCCUGUGCUGCCCGGCGGCCGCGGGGACGUUCCUGCCCCGUAACGCGGGCCUGCGGAAGGUCCAGUUUUACCCCUGUAUUGGCAUGAAUUUUGUAAAAUGGGUUAAAAUCUGGAUUUAAAUUUGUAAAAGAGAAUAAAAAUAUUUAUCCAAUCA